AGGAAUCAUCCACUCACUACUCCUUCGUUUCUUCUCUGCUCCUCUCUCUCCCCCGCCGGUGUCCAGCCUCCGAGCCAUCGUUCACCAUGCAGUUUUUGGUACUCGUCUCUGCUCUCUUGAGCACCGGAGCUGUUGCUCAGCUCUCUUCAGUGGUCAACAAGGCCUGUAAUACCAGAUACUCUGUGAGCCCAACCACCAGAAUCAGGACCACCACAUACAGGGCCAGCAUCACAAGGACUGUCGGCAGAACACUCGUGAUCAACCCUGUCGCGACCGUCACAUCGGCACCGUCGACUUUCUUCACGACAUCCACGUCGACGGCCUUGGCCACUGUCACGGCAGCUUCGUCCACAGAUACCUUCACGGCUUUCCAGACCGUCACUCAGACACAGACCUUCACCAACACCCAGAGCUUCACAACGGCAACUACGGUACUCAGCACCACCUUGGUCGCCGGCAUCACCCGCACUGUCGCUGCUCCAGCUGGCUUCACCGCUCUUGCCGACUCGCCCGGCUUCUCUGCCAAGAAGCGUAGCCCUCUGCUCGAGAGACGCGAGCCCCAUGUCUCGCGUGACACCAAGAUGAGGUACCACCUCCCAGCUCUGCCUGAGUCCGGCAAGGCUCUCAAUGCCCGCCAGAACGGGGGCUCCGGAGCACAAUUCCCCGUGGGCGUGCAGUGCACAUCCCGAACCACCUUCUUCGCCACGAGCACGACUACUUCGACUGCUGUCGGCACCGGUGGCGCCUCGACCGUCACCGUUGUUGCACCAAAUGUCGUCAGCACUGUCACUGUCUCCACCACCGGCACGACCACGAUUGUCCCAGCCGAUGCUACCACUUUCGUGACCGUGUCGACCUUUGUCUCCGCCACCACCACAUCAACCUCUACCUUUGUCACCACCCAGUCUGCUACCAUCACUAUCCGUGCACCAGCUGCCACUCAGUACGCUCAGUGCCAGACCAACAACCAGAUCAGCUCGGUCUUUGGUGGCAACCAGAUCGGAACGCUCACCUUCAACGGAGACUUUGUCCUCCAGUCUGUCAAUGUCACCGACACCACCGGAGCUGGCUGCUGCAACGUUUGCGCCACCACUGCCAACUGCGCUGGUUACGCUCAGUCUCCAGCUACUGCUGGCAGCAUCUGCUACUUCAUCGUCACCGAUGGCCGCUGUGACCCAUCUCAGACCUUCACCGACACCUACAACUACUACCAGAUUGACACGGCUGGUUACACUGUUGGUAAUGCACAGUGUGGACAGCUCGGACCUCAGGCUGGUCCACCUCUCGGUGCAGAUGGUGGUCAGGCUGCGUAG